AUGCCGGACAGUUUGUCCACUACUUCCCAGUCAAGUCCUGCGACACGUUCGGUCUUUCCCAAGGGUCCCAGCUUCACCCUAGCUGACUUUUCAAGCCGUGAUUUCAUCGUGAAGGAGUUUAUUGAGGCGCUUUCCGACAGUGCAAUCUCAAACCGUCGCUCCGCACUCGGAACUAGUCCUGGUAAUCAGUUGUUCGACCCGAAGCCAUUCAUUCGGACGUUCGAGCAUGCCCAAAGACGACUCGGCGAGCUCUCCGGUGAUCUCGAAAUCAAAGAAAAUGAGCUAUCAGCUGCAGUUCGGAGAGCCGAGGCACAGCAUGCUCAGAACCUUAGCACACUGGGCAGAAAACUCAAGCAGACCAUCGAGUCCUUCCAGCAAUUAGAUACGUCGCUCAAUGGUGCAGGAAUCUCUGGAAGCGACAAUGGCGGGGCAACUGGGAAUAUGGCCGUCGAAACAGGAAGGCGGCUAGAGGAGCUGGAUCGACAGCGACGUCGGGCACUUGAUGCCCAUUUCUUGAUCGAAUGCUGGGAUGGAGUUUGUAACAGAGGGGAGAUAACACUGCUAGAGAACUUGAGAAAAUCAGGGUCCGGUGAAGCCAAAGUGAGAUCGGCACAUAUCGCGCGACAGUUGUUAAGGAUAAGUCAGAGACUUGAUCCCCAAAGCUGGGACGAACUGAGAGACAAAGACAAUGGUUUAUACCGGAAUGAACCAGCAUCUGCUGAGGAAACUGCAAGAAAAGCUAUCAAAGAAACACGGUGGAACACGCGAGAGAUAAUCGAAAAAUUCUCCGAGACGCUCGAAAAGGAUCUCUUGAAACAGUUUGAUGAUUUUUAUCGCAAGGCAAACUUUGAGGGCAUGAGAGAUUGCGCCACUGUGCUUCAAGAUUUCAAUGGGGGCGCAAGCGUUAUCGCUUUGUUUGUCAACCAGCACCAGUUCUUCAUUGACCGAAGCCAAUUAGUUACAGAAGAAGUGGGAGGAGAUCUGGAAAGCUGGGAAAGACUGGCAGACCCCGAUGCUGAAACAUCGAAGAUUGAACCGGGCCUCCAGUCCCUACUUGACGAGAUCAAGGUUACCGUCCAGGAAGAAUCAACUAUUAUCAAACGCGCUUUCCCCUUCUAUGAACAGGUGCUGGGCAAAUUUCUUCAACGUGUUUUUCAACAGUCUAUCCAGCAAAGACUCGAAAUGGUAUUGGAUAAAGCCAAUAGCAUAUCAUCAUUGGCUUUCCUCAGAGCUCUGCAGAGUUCUCGCAGCUACAUCAGUGGGCUUGUUGACGAUCUGAAAACUCAUGGAUUGACCGAACAUCCAGACCCUGUGUCCUCUCAGACAGCUCUUAUCUUGGAUCAGCAACUGGAGGAUUUGUUUGUGCCAUAUUUUGUGGGCUCCUCCUAUAUCGAGAGGGAGAGGAAAUCGCUUGAGGAGUUAUACGCGUCCCUGUUGUUCAGGUUCACCACUUUCCAUGCCCGCCGAAAAAGAGCAGCUACUACUUUCAUGGCCUCUCUCUCAAAGUCCGGAACUGAGCUUCUAUCUGCUGCUCGGGACGCAUAUGUUAGUCGACUUGAAUCUCCUGACUUUACGCCAACUCAGAAGAAGAUACUCCUUCAAUUGGCAGGACUGAGAGAAUAUACUGAUUCUGUAAAAUCUGCUGACAUCAAAUUGACCGAGAAUGAUGGCCUUCCCAACAUCACAUAUGCGAAGAGAAUUCUCAAAUGGCUCGCGGAAGCCGUGGGAAGAGGCUUAGAGCUAGGCAUCAACAGCGAGACGCCUAAAGACGUAUCCGCACUGUUGAGUCUGCUGCUGUCUACGAUGGGGGAUGGUUAUGUUGAGGUGUCUCUGGAUGCUGUCCUGGAAGCAGCAACUUCUCAGGAAGCAGCAAAAACAGAGCCCGAUUUUGGUUACCUCUCCGUGGUCAAAAAUGUUAUCAGCAUAACCAACCUGAUGGUGAUGUGCGUACAUACAUUACUGAUUCCCCUAGCGAGCGCGAGUAUCACGAUACGCCGGGAGAUGGAGACAAAAACAACCUCAACAACGAUGCGCAUAGAAGAGAAAAUCAACAUGAUUGAGCAAAAAGUAAUCGAUACGGCCCUUAUGUGGGUCAGUAGGCUUCUUUCAAGCCAGAAGAAGAAUGAUUUUCGACCGAAGGAAGGAGACAAUGCAGCCUGGCUGGAGAUGCUACAAACCCCAACAUGCUCUUCAAUCUGCACUUUUCUGACUCGCUUACACGAUCUGAUUACAGCAUCAUUGCCACACAACGGGUCUAAUGUUCGUCAAUUACUCACGGAGAUCGCCGUUGGAACCCGCAAUCAACUUCUUGAUCACUUCAAACGAUUCGCCGUAAAUGGGGCCGGCGGCCUUAUGGUUACCAAGGACAUGACGCAGUAUGCGGAUCUGCUCAAGUCUUGGGACAUUGACGAGCGAAUCAAGGGGCCAAAGGGCGCCCUGGAUGUUUUGCUUGAGGUUGGCAGUCUCUUUGUCAUUGGGUCAGAAGCCCUACGAGAAAGGCUUCGUGAAGGAGCAGCGACCGACGCGAGUGGACGGUCGGCAAUUAGUCGUACUGGCACCCAGCCAGGACGAGAUUUAACAGGAUCUGCUCAGCAUGAGGUGACUCUAAGUGUGCAAGAGGUCAGAGCGUAUGUGUCUCGCAGAGAAGACUUUAACACAAUAGCGAUGCAGAAUGUCCUCAACCUUUCUUGA